AUGCAGCACCGACCGGAAACCAAAUAUUAUUAUAUGGGUUAUUACAUUAGUACUUGUCCGAAAAUGCGCUAUAAAGGAUCAUUCCGACCGAGCGAACUGCUCUGCGAUCGGACUUUUCAAUGGGUGCCUCUGGAUGUUUGUGAUCGGAUGUUGCAGGAUAAUGACAAUAAAUUCACCGUGUUCUUACCGAAUUUACCGCCAGCUGUGAUGCAAACACGGGAUCAACUGAUCUUGUUAAUUGAUGGAAAAGUUGUGCUGUAUGCUGAUAUUGAGGAAAUGAUGCCGUCUCUUCAUGAAUUAGCCAAUUCAGAAGCAGUACGGAAUAAAUUGGAUGCUUUCGCUAGUCGCAUAGGAUGUGAUAUGACCAAGCUUGUCAUCUACCUGUCGGAUUUGCAGGGUAUCGACAUGGAGUAG